UUCUGAUUUUAGGGUUCUUGCCUACAACAGGUAACUAGGGUCGAUCGAUAGGAAGAAUGCUAGCGUCUCCAGGGCACUCGCCGCGGCUCAUCGUGCCCCCCUCUCCAUCGCCGAGCGUCCAGAGCUUGGAUGGAGUCGUGGCGACGACAUCCGGUAGGGCGAUCAUGGGGCCGCCGCCGCCAGGGAAGCCCAGGAAGAGUUCUCACGCAGUGCUGGACGAGGACACAUACGUCGCCGCGAUCGAGAGGAUCGUGGAGCGGGAUUUCUUCCCGGACAUCCCCAAGCUCCAGAACAAGCUCGAGUGGCUCGAGGCGGUGAGGAGCGGGGAUCCGGUGCUGAUGCGCGAGGCCCAGCUCAAUAUCAUCCAGAGGCUACGGGGGAUUGGGCCGUCCGGCAAGGAUGGAACGCCCUUGUUCCACACAGGAACUUUCGCUACUCCAGGGUCGGUGAUGCCAACGCCAGGGUUUGCUACUCCAUCCACGACUGCUGGAGCUCCAUCUUCGUCUUCGAGCUUGGUGGACGAGCAGGGGACGGUGAUCAACACCUCGGUGUCUCUGGACGAGUUCAUGCGGCGGUACACGAGCGAGGACAACGAGAGCUUCUCCAAGAUCAUCGAGAAGGUGAACAGGAGGCGGGAGGAGAAGUUUAAGUUCUUGGCGAUCUCGUCGUCGUCGCAGCCGCUCCAGCUGACCGACAAGGAUCGACAGACCGAUGGCUAUGGAACUUCCAACCAGCCGAUCAGCACUCUGGAUACCUGGAGCUACACGCCCAAGAACUUACUAAUGUAUGAUUCGACUCAAAGGGACGACGCUCCGCUCACCGAGGCCGAGAAGGAAGAACGCCUCCACGGUCCGCCAAAGUCCGUCAACCUGCGUAGUACUCGCUUCCACGAGAAGAUCUUCGACGCGAAACUCCCGGAGGAGGAGUCCUUCUCGAUGCUCUACACUCCUGCUCACCACGGAUCUUCCACGCCGCUCGACUCGGCCACGCGGAGGAGGUAUGAUCUCGAGGAGCUCCGCAAGACCCCACAGCUCGGAGACAACGCCAAGCCUCCGCCCAAGGCCGGGACGGCGGGAUACAGCUACGUCUCGACGCCAUCGCCAGCUCCAGGAGUGGACUCCUCGCCGUUCGUGACUUGGGGAGAGAUCGAGGGGACUCCACUGAGGCUGGAGAUGGAGGAUACUCCGGUCGGGAUUGGUGGCAGCGGCGAUGGUCCUCACUUCAAGAUCCCAGCGCCGCCAGUCCGGGACACUCGAGCUCACAGCCUCUCGAGGGAGGCGUCGAGGAACAUCCGCGAGAGGACGAAGAUCCGGCACGCUCCUUACAGCACUCCAUCGCCAGCUCGAGGGGCGGCCAUGGGGAGCCCGGGCAGGGGCUACUUCUCCGACGCGGCGCAGCGGCUUGUCAACAAAACCAUCGCGAGGACGUGCGCGUCGGUGGAUGCCAAGCUGCGGGCGAGCUAUGGCGCGAGCACGACGCCGGGGACGCCGAGGAUGGCCAGGAACGCGGUGAGGAACAGCAGGGAGGGAAGCUUGCCGCCCGAGAGCCCGCGCUUGAUGCGCUCUCCAUCUGUUGGGCGGUAGUACGGCAUGAUUGUUCGUAGGAGAUGGGUUGUACGACAUGAUUAUUCGUGGGAUAUUCUUAUCUUUGAAAACUUAUGUACGGCAAACGUUACAUUU